AUGCCAUCUCCUCUCCAGGCCUUCCUGACCGACAGCCCCACCUCCAAGUUCGACACUCACUUCUUCGACCCGUGCGGCAUAUGCCUCAAGAGCCGCGUCAGGAUGGGAUUUACGGAGAAGGAUUUGCCUGCAACUCACGAAACCGGCAAGCAUAUUUCCACCAUCCUCACUCCGUCCUGCGGCGGCGAGGAUCCCCUGCUGACAUUGACCUCUUACCUCACCUGCCUCACCAGGCGGACGCCGCGCACCACCGGGGAGCUUGUGUCUUUCUUCCACAAUUUCGGGAAUUCGCUGUACUUAUCAUCUUCACAGUUGUCCAAGCUGGGCUCCGCCCUCUCCAGUCAGCAUGACGACUGCCCCGACUGGGACCGUCUUGGUGCCGCCGACCUCCGAGCCUUCAAGGGCGCACGGGGCUCCGCCCCUCCCACCGCCAACUCCAACCACGACCACUACAACGACCAUCCCAAGACCCUGUCUACGCUGCUCGGUUGCGGCAUCGAUAAUGCCAAGUGCGCACAACACAUCACGCCCAUCACCUACCGGGCCUACGCCCUGUACUCACCAAGAUUCGCCCACCACUACUUCAGCUGGACGGUUUAUCUGCCAGACAGACUGUGGGACUCGCUGCUCAGGCUUCACUGUGAUCUCGAGGACCUUCAAUGCCACUGCUCCAAGGCCAAGCCCCUCCACCAGUGUGACAAGGCCCUGCCCCUCCUCUACUCUCACGGGUUCACGCCGCCGGACGGGGCACUGCAGUCGUCACUGACGUGUUACGAGGUAAUCGCCAAGCUGGAACAGGUGGUCAACGGAAAGCCUAUCGCAGACCUCAUUACCGCCAUGGACAAUCUCCUCUACGGCAUCCGGGUGCCCUUCCUCUACACUGUGUUCACACUCUGGCUCACCGCCAUGCUCUACAUCCUCUUCGUCCUUUUCUACCGCAACUACGUCCUGCACAUCCGCUCCCACCUCCUGACGACCAAAGCCUCCCACCUAAUCGACGUCAAGGCGCUGCUCUCCACCGGCCGCAAGAUGCUCUCGCUCUACAAGGACGUCGACUACUUCAACGACGAUGCCUUGGAGUCAAUUGGCGUGUCACAGUAA